UAGUAUGUAAGUUGGUAUUCUUUAAUAAAAAGGUCUCUCAGUAAGACAAAUGUGAAACAAACUCCCCUCAUAUUGCAGGUCAAGAUUGAGAGAGAAUCAAAAAAGUUAAUUAUUCAGCAAUGGCGGAAGCAGCUGUGACGUUCCUUCUUGAAAACUUGAGGAGUAUUGUUCAAGACUCUGUAGACAAACUGACCAAAGGAGAUGAAGUAGUGAAGUGGAUCGAGUACGAAUUGGAGACGCUUAUACCUCAGUUGGACAGGUUUGCAGCAGCUACAGACAUAAACGAUAAGUUGCCUGGAACAAUUAGAGAUAUAAUCCGCAAAGCGGAAGAUCUGGCUGGGACACACACAAAAUUGAAGAUACGGAGGGGUGCCGCCACCUUCAAAAAGGCAAUCUAUCAGAUCAACCUCUUCACAACCACCUUCAAGCUGCAUGAUGCCAGAGUAGAGAUCUCUAAUUGCAGAAGUCAGUUGUUAGAAAAGUCUAAAACAUCACAAUCGGAAAAGCUAACCUUCCCUUCUUACUUGAGGCUUUUGGCGAGCUAUUUUCUUAUUUUUCCUCUCAACGAGCGAGUUCCUGCAAGGAGAUUGAUUGUCUUGUGGGUUGCAGAAGGCCUUGUUCAUCCCAAGAAACACGAUGACAAAUCCGCUGAACAAAUCGCCCGAGGUUAUCUGAACGAGCUAAUCCGUCUAGGCGUGCUCUAUAAAUACGACCGCGGAAAACUGUCAAUCAAUUCUUACAUACGGUAUGGCCUACUGGAGGAAGCUCGCAAUGAUGAGCUUCUCGAGGCCAGGAGAAGAAACGGUGGCAUACGUCGCCUGGUAGAUCACAUUGGCUCCUCCUAUGUUGAUGCUGGUGACUCCUUCAUUAAUUUACAGCGGAAAUCCACUUCUUCUAUGUCGGACUACCGAAAUGUCAUCUCCUUCCUGUCGUUCAAUACUCAAGAAGGAAGCAAACCAGGGGAGGACAUAGGCGACUUCCUCCAGAAAUGCAUCUCCGCUGGCUGCUUUCUCUCGCUGCGCGUGCUCGAUCUCGAGUGCGUAUUCCGGCCAAAGCUGCCGGACACGCUUGGCAGACUCAUCGCCAUGAAGUAUCUUGGGCUGAGGUGGACUUACCUCGAACAACUCCCAAAUUCCGUCGAAAAAUUGUUCAACCUCCAAGUGUUGGAUGUCAAGCACACCUACAUAAGUGUUCUACCAAGAUCCAUAUGGCGUAUGCAGUUUCUGACGCAUUUGUAUCUCAGCGAGGCUUACCGCACCAGGUUCCCGCAUCCUCCCUCGCAGGUCACUCUCACCGCCCUUCAGACGCUUUGGGGGGCCUUCGUGGAUGAAGACACCCCGAUCCGAGGAGGACUAGAUACCCUGUUCAACCUCCGCAAACUGGGAUUGUCUUGCAGGUCUACGGCGUCCAAAUCUGAGGAAGCUGCCGUGACGAUGGUGGGAAAGCUAAAGGCCAUCGACAAAUGGAUCUCGAAACUUGAGUUUCUCGAGUCUUUAAGGCUCAAGGCGCGGGAUGAGGAUAACAAAGCUGUUGAUCUGCAUUUAACAUCCUUGAAGGAAAAUCGCAGACUUUCCAAGGUUUAUCUGCUAGGGAAAUUGGAAAGCAUCGUCCUCUGCAGACUCCCUGCUAGUCUCACAAAUGUCACGUUGUCGGGAUCCAACCUACAAUUGGACCCACUAGAAUUUCUAGGGAGGCUUCCAAAUCUCACCAUUCUCCGACUCUUAGGUCACUCCGUGGGGUCGAGUCAGAUGUAUUGCUCCAAGAGAGCAUUCCCUCACCUUAAACUUCUUUGGAUUUGGAAGCUCGAGAAACUAAAGGAUUUUCAAGUAGAGGAAGGAUCACUACGUUGUUUGGAAGAACUGGAGAUCAGAGACUGUCAAAACUUGGAAGCUCUUCCUCGUCCACUACUACACAUGCCAACACUCAAGAUCAAACUUACAGAUAUGCCCCAAAAGAUCGAGAAGGAAGCAAGGAGCGUAAAUCCUAAUGUUAAAAUAAUCGAGCAGAAACUCGCAGUGUUUGACGAAGAUAAUUCCCAGGGUUAAUGGGAAGGACACAGCGGCUAAGAUUCUUCAUUGUGGCAUUCAAAUCAAUCAAACUUGUUCGAAUGAUUUCAGUUGUUUCUGUUUUUUUCUCUGCAUAAUUCAGUUGUUUAAUUUGUUUGCGAGGUUGUGAAUUAUUGAAUAAUCAUGUUUUAAUAAUUUAAAAACAUAUAUAUGGGUUA